AUGGGGGUCACCGAGUUCCACGCGCUUUUUGCUGGGAGGGCGUGGCGGCCGGGUCCCGCGCCCCGACGGCGCGAUCCACGCGGGGUGCAAAGCCGCCCCGGGACGCCGGGCCCUGCACCCACGCAGCCCCGUGGCGCUGAGGCGUCCCGGGUCCCAGGUGUGCAGCCCGCGGGCGCGGGAAACCCGUCAGGGCGGCCGAGGCUGCGCCCUGCGGCCCGGGAAGGCGCAGAGAAGCGGGCCGCCGGCCUCCGACGGGGAGCGCACCCGACCCGGCCGCUACACACACGGGAGCGCGGGGCGGGCGCCAGCCGCGGCCGCGAUCAGGAGUUUCGGCGAAUCGGCUCCCGGCCCCACUCGUCCUGGCCAAUAGGAAGCGCGCCAGCCAAUCAGCCGCCGGCCUCGGUUCCGCGCUCCAACCCGCGCCGAGAGCGGGCCUGGCGGAGGCCGGGGCAGCUGUCAGGGUGA